UAUGAUAAAGUUUUAUGGUAUAUUUCCUAUAUUCCUAGCACUACUACAUGUAGUAGAAAAUAACACAAAUAAUAUACCAAUUACAAUAUAAACUUCAAUAUAAGCUCUGAAAGAUCUCCAAAUUUAGUCAUGGAGCUUGUUUCUAAUGUCAAUGAUUCGUGGAAGUAUUUCGUGGCUGGAAGCUUUGUUGGGUUCACCCUACUGCUUCUGUUUGCCUAUCAGGUGAACCCGUAUACGAGUUUUAUGGCUGAACAGAGUACUGUGGUUGAAUUCGUUCCAUUGGAUGAAACUGAUGCGACUGUUAGUGUGAUCAAGCCUUUGGAGCAUUUUAAUAUUACUGUUAUUAGUCCGGAGAAUAAACUGAAUGUGACAGAUGAAGAUGUUGUCGAGCCAGGUGAGGAAGUUGAUAAGGAGUGUAACAUGUUUGAAGGGAAGUGGGUGUAUUUGCCAGAUGAAGAUCCUGGAUAUGAUUCAACUAGGUGUCCGUUUAUUGAAGAGAAAAUGAGCUGCAGGAAAAAUGGGAGACCGGAUUUCGAGUAUGAGAGGUGGAGAUGGGAAGCUCAGGGUUGUGACCUACCAUUGUUCAAUGGAACAGAUAUGCUAGAAAGAUUGAGAAACAAGAGGGUGAUUUUGGUAGGAGAUUCGCUAAAUCGAAACAUGUGGAUGUCUCUUGCUUGUCUUCUGUAUUCCUCCAUUCCUUCUUCCAGUGUUGAAGUGAGUGCAGAGAGUCCAGUUUAUAAGUUUUUGAAAGCUAAGGAUUAUAAUUGCACAGUUGAGUUUUAUUGGAGUCCAUUUCUAGUUGAGUUUAUUGAAAAACAUGUAAGUGGUCACAAAGUUCUUGUGCUAGACAAGCUAUCACCGAAUUCGUUGCAAUGGAAAGGAGCUGAUGUUAUGGUAUUCAACUCCGGCCACUGGUGGCUGCACGGUGGCAAAAUGAAAUCGUGGGAUUUGUUUGAAUAUGAGGGUAAGUUAGUAGAAGAGAUGCCAAUAGAGCUAGCAUACGAACGAGCCAUGACAACAUGGUCAACAUGGAUCAACAGCAAUGUCGAUUCUAACAAUACAUCAGUAUAUUUCCGAAGUCUAUCAGCAGUGCACCACAGUUCAGACGACUGGUGCUACAAUGCAACCCAGCCUCUGGAGGAGGACUCUCUGAAGUCUGUCGCGCAAAGAUCUGAUAUACUCCUUCCGGUCAUUAAGAAGGUGAUAGAAGGGGUGAACAACAUACAAGUGAAGUACAUGAAUAUCACAAAAUUGUCACAAUAUAGAAGGGAUGCACAUCCUUCAAUUUAUAGGAGCAGUCAAUGGAAAGUAAUGAUCAAAAAAUUUGAGAAUAGUCUAACAGGAUAUGCUGAUUGCAGUCAUUGGUGUCUUCCUGGAUUGCCUGAUACUUGGAAUAGAUUACUUUAUGCUUCUCUGUUCUUCAAUACUUCAGGGGGUAGAACUAGCUAGUCCUUAGAAUUUUUUUUAGUUGACAAUUUUUAUUUUUUUGUGAACAGUUCUUGUCUUAGGUGAGAUAGAAAAGUUGGACAAAGGUUCAACUUUAACCUGUUAACAACUACUCAUCUACAAAAUAAUACUUAAUUUGUUUUUUUAUAUAUAUUUAUAUAAUAAAAGUUGAUACUAAUAUUUAUAUAUUUCCCUUUAAUAAUUAUGGUGAUUUAUACAUGACCCCCCUGCCCCACCCAAAAAAAAAAUAC